UUCCACAGCGGCCACCUCCCGCUCUCCGAGGGGACCCCUGCUGGCCCGGCCCUUGCGCCCCACGUGACUUCCUGAAAGCCUGGGGCACCGCCUUUCUCCGCUCAGUUUCGUUUCCUCGGCAGCCUGGGGACGGUCGAGUGUAGGUCUCCCGCUGUGCCUGCGCGUCGCGUCGGGUGUCCCCAGGAGCGCCAUGGCGGAGCUCUUCCUGCUGUCGGAGGAGCUGUCGUGCUCCAUCUGCUUGGAACUCUUCAAGGAGCCGGUCACCACCCCCUGUGGCCACAACUUCUGCCGGUCGUGCCUGGACGAGACGUGGGCCGUCCAGGGCAAGCCGUACCGGUGCCCACAGUGCCGCGCCGACUCCCCGGCGCUCCCCGAGCUGCGGAAGAACACGGUGCUGUGCGCCGUGGUGGACCAGUACCUCCAGGCCGAGCUGGAGCAGGUGCCCGCCACCGACUGGACGCCGCCCUCGCGUUCCGCCGCCCCCGGUCCCGCUCCGCAGGUAGCCUGUGACCACUGCCUGAAGGCAGAAGCCGUGAAGACUUGCCUGGUGUGCAUGGCCUCCUUCUGUCAGGAGCACUUGCGGCCGCACCUCGAGAGCCCUGCCUUCCAGGACCACCCGUUGCAGCUGCCGGUUCGAAACCUGAUGCGCCGCAAGUGUUCUCAGCACAACCGCCUGCGAGACUUGUUUUGCCCCACACAUGGCGAGUGUAUCUGCCACAUGUGCCUGGUGGACCACAAGGCCUGCUCUCCGGUGUCCGUGAGCCAAGCCAGCACCGAUCUGGAGAACAAACUGAGGCAUAAACUAACCGUCAUGUAUGGUCAUGUCAGUGGGGCCACAAGAGCACUGGAGGACGUAAGAACCAGGCAGCAGAGCUUGCGGGAGGCUGCCAACAGGAAGAUGGAGCAGCUGAGACAGGAAUACCUGGAAAUGAAGGUUCUCAUCGAUACCUCUGAGGCCAACGCCACACGCAAGAUAAAGGAAGAAGAGAAGAGGAUCGUCAGCAAAUAUGACUCCAUUUACCAGGUUCUCCUCAAGAAGAAAAGCGAGAUCCAGACCCUGAAGGAGGAGAUAGAGAACAGCCUGCUGAAGGAGGACGAGUUUGAGUUUCUCGAGAAAGCAUCAAAACUGCAGAUGGUCGCCACGAAGCCAGUCUACAUCCCCAAGGUGGAGCUGGACCACGAGCUGAUCAAGGGUGUCUACGAAGGCACCUUGGAGCUCAAAAACCAGCUAAGGCAGUCGCUGGCUCAGUCCCAGGAGAAGAAGCCUGAGGAGCCCACCAGCUCAGAUGAUUCCGGAGACCAUGGCACCCACACUACAAGCAAAUCCUCGCGCACUGUGAAGAAGGCUCCACAAGAAAAGAAAGCCAAGAAAAACGUUGCUGCCACUGCCUCACCUGGCCCCAGAGUCCCUAGACAGUCAGUGGAAUUGAAAUCACCCCCGGAUGAUGCAGCCAAAGACACCACCUCGCCAAACGCCAUGACUAUCAAGACCAAGGUGCUGGAAACCUUCUUAGCCAAGACCAGAACCCAGCUCUUAGACUAUUUCGUUAAAGUCAUCUUGGAUUACAACACCGCUCAUUACAAAGUGGCUCUGACAGCAAACUACACCACCGCUUCCGUGGCGGACGUGCCUCAGAUGUACCGGCCGCAUCCGCAGAGGUUCACGUACUGCUCUCAGGUGCUGGGCCUGCACUGCUACAAGAAGGGGAUCCACUACUGGGAGGUGGAGCUGCAGAAGAACAACUUCUGUGGGGUCGGCAUCUGCUACGGCAGCAUGGACCGCCAGGGCCCCGAGAGCCGGCUGGGCCGCAACAGAGCCUCCUGGUGUGUGGAGUGGUUCAACAACAAGAUCUCCGCCUGGCACGACAACACCGAGAAGACGCUGCCCCCCACCAAGGCCACGCGGGUGGGCGUGCUCCUCAACUGUGACCACGGCUUCGUCAUUUUCUUUGCCGUCCUUGAUAAGUUCCACCUGAUGUACAAAUACGUCGUGAACUUCACCGAGGCUGUGUACCCCGCCUUCUGGGUGUUCUCCGCGGGCGCCACCCUCUCCAUUUGCUCCCCGAAGUAGACAGGCACGUGGGCUGGCUGCCCGCGGCGCCCGGGAUUGGUGAAAAAUGCUGCGGGUGGGACUCCUUGGAGAACUUCCCAGGG